AUGGAGGAAGAAAUGGCAGUGGCGGCACCAGACCCAAGCAUGGGGGACCCCCUGGAGGAAUCCAGAGCCGUUGCCCCUCAAGGUAGAGGGGCUCGGCUGAGAGAACAUUACCGCCAAGAUGUGCUGGUAGCCCCUGAAGCAGACUUCUUAGUAGAUCACCACAGCUCAGCAUACAGUAGCAUGGAGGUGGCUGACCGGCUUACCUACCUUGAGCAGCGUGUCCAGAUGCAGGAGGAUGAAAUCCAGCUGCUAAAGCUUGCACUGGAAGAUGUGCUCAAGAGACUCAACAUCUCUGAGGAACAAUCCACUGUUUUCACAAAGAGGGGCCCUGUUCCAGUAGCCAGGCCUUUGUCUCUGGCCCUGUCCACCAGGGGUGCCAGCAACACUUCCCUCCUGCUGAAGAAGGGCUCCAGCUCUACACAGCCCUCUUCCAUGCCUUCUAGGAAUUUCAGCCCUUCACCAGCCAGCAAAAGAAGUCCACCAGGCAGUGUGAAAAGCAGCCCAAGCGAUUCUGGGAGUCGGCGACUUUCUGCAACCAUCACCACCACAAGCACCAGCAAGAAAAGCCAAGAGAGCAAACCAAAGGAGGCCAAUGUUCAUGUUCUAGGAAGACAGCAUGUAACACACUGCAAAGUAACUAUGCAGAUUUAUCUGAGCCGCUUAAGCAAAAGGACUGAGUCUACUGAGGCAACUGCCACAGCAAAGCAGCCGAGUGUACACCAGCCUGCGAACGGGCCACCUCUGGAUAAAUCAGACUCCCAGGAGGUAGAAGCAGGGGCUGUGAGGAGCCCUGUCUUUACAUUCCCACUGCAGAAGAGGCCAUGUCAGAGCCCCUUCUCUCCUACUGACAUCCCCACCUACAAAAGCCUCAACAAGUCAUCCAGCCAGUAUUUCCAGAUCUGUUACUAA